AUGAAUAACAUUUUGUCAUUUCAGAACAAUGUGAAUCCAAGUGUGAACAGCCUGGUUGCAGACUUCAGCAACCAGGCAGACAGCAUCUACCAAGUAGCCAGCCUCGCUGGAGCCAGCUCCUCUGACAGUAAACGUGUGAGGGUUAUCCGUGCCUCUGUGUACUAUCUUGAAAGAGUUGACCCUGACAUUGUUCCAUCAAUCAAGGCAGUUGCCAGGCAACCAACAAACAUGGCUGCCCUGAGAAACUUAAAGUUAUUGGUAAAGGGCUGGAAGGAAGAGUUAUCUGCUCUUGUAGAAGUUCUGGAUGAAAUGGUGGACCCAGAGCUGUUCAUAGAAGUAUCAGAGUUAAAGAUAAGUGAGGACAUAUCGGCAGUGCGUGGGUUCCUCCUGGAGGCGGACCAAGAUGGCAGCACCGAGGCCAUCUCCCGCGUGUUCCAUCGCACCAGGCGCGUUAUGCAGAUAGCCCAAUCGGUGGUGGACCACAACACCGAUGCCAUCUACAGGAACGGUCUGCUCGUCUUUGUCAGAAAGCUCCAACAAGCUGAAUCCAUCACCAAAGAGGCCCAGAGGUACCUACUGCGGGACUUCCACAACCUGAGUCUCCAGGAGACCUUCCUGAAGCACCUGCAUCUACUGAAGGGGUUCGUGCAGCAGGUGAAGGAGGGGCUGUCGGCGGACAACCACCCAGACAUCUCCAGCCCUGCCAGGAUGGAUGUGUACCGGAAAAAGAGGCUGAGGCUCUCUGGCUCAAAAAUAAACAAACCACCCAGCAAAAGGCGCAGUCAUUCACAUCAACUGUCAAGUUACCAUCCCUCCUCAAAGUCCGGCAAGGUCCAGGCUUCCAGGUCAUCCAAUGAGAAACAAGCAUCAAAAACAGCAAAACGUGUCUCACCAGGCAAAGACAGACAACAGAAACAAGUCCUGUCCACGGAGGAGACGCCUGCUUCAGGUAGCCUUGGAGUGAAGAUGUCUGACAUUCGUCUGGUGGCGAAGCAGUUUGUGUCAGCUGCCGUGGCUGGAGAUAAGCAGCGGGUCAAUGUGCUGACAUCUGACCUCCUUGGUUGGACCAAUCACAUCUUAGAUGCUGCACAGAGCUUGACCAAUCAUUGCACAGAGCUUGAACACAAGGAGGAGAUCGAGCGGCUGUGUGGAGAGCUAGAUCAGCUCGCACCGGAGACUAUCAACAAGGCCAAGUAUGUUGUGGCCGGGGACAUCAGCGAGGUGGCCAAUCUGCAGCACACAGCUGAUGCAUGGGCCGAUAAGCUGGACAAAGUCCGAGUCCACCUGGAUGUAGCAGUAGACACAUGGAAGUCUGUAGCAGACGGCAUCCUGGUCGCGAUCCAGAGAGGCAGUGUGGACAAGCUCAAGGCAGAGAUUGCCACCCUAGAGAGCCACCAGGAGGCCCUGGGAAGUCUCCUGUCUUCUGUCAACUCAUUUACAUCCAGCAUUACUCCUGAAACUGAAGCUACCUUGACCUUCCUCAGAGACCAAAGAGAUGACCUUGAAAAUUUGACCAUCACCAUGAAAACCACGGCUGACCUCACUCUGCAGACAGGGGAUGCAACUGAUGUCCGUCUAUAUCGGAGCCAGCUCGGUCAGCUGUGCCGAGAGUGGGCAGUACUGGUCACAUGUGUGUUGUCAAGCCUUCAGAUGCUCACGUCCCAGGUGAUGGCGCAAGGCUGUAUCAAGAUUGUUGGACUAGGGGAGGUAACUCUAGACAACACUGACACGGACAACAUGAGAGCUGUGGGAGAAAGUGUGAAAGAACUCCUGGACAGUGUUUCUAUUGGCAAUGAAAAUUUGAAAUCUCAGUCAUUUGAAAUCAGCCAAUUUCUGGAUUCUUCCGUGGAGAAACUCCAGACACCAGGUAGCAGUGCGAGGGAGUUCAGGGACAUUCAGGAGUCAGCCAUUUACAGCAGUCAACACCACAGACUGGUAAUGGCCCUCUGGGUUGCCAAGGUAUUAGAAGCUCAACAGCUAGUGAACGACAUGACCGCAGACUUACGUCACCCUCUUGAAACGUUUCAUACACAAGCACUUGACAUACACAGACUUUCUCUCACAGAUCCAACAUCCACAGCAGAACAUAGAUCCAACUACCUGUGUGAGGUGAGCAAGAUGGCUGCCAACAUCAGCAUGGUGCAACAGAAGGCCCUCAACGCCAUUCAGCUGUCCCCUGACCUGGCCAAAAGGGGUGUGGUCAGGCGGUGCCUGGACGAUAUUGCUGCUCUUACGCCCCAGGUGCUGGACAAGCUGAAGUCCUAUGUGGAAGACAGCAGUACAGAUGACACAGAGCAGGAGACUAUCAUGGUUCAGUGGGCAGCUCUCAUGAAGAAACUGACGUUCACUCUCCAGCAGAUGCCAGAUCUCAGACCCACACUCAACACCGAAAUUGUGAAACUGCUCACAAUGGAGCCCAGCAGAAAUGGUUUACCCAAGAAUAUUUCAAAAGAAGUGAGUAAGCCGAAACAGAAGCUCAGAGAGGACAUUGAGGACCAACUAGAUGCUCCAGGAGGACCACAGACACCUCUGAGGACACAAGGAAACAGGGGACAUAAUUCUGUCAUCGGGACACCAUUGCAUGGAAGGUCUUUGCAUGACGCGCCAUUGGUUGGCACCCCUAACCAUAAGCCUCUUCGAUCUAUAAUGUCAUCAGCUGUGUAUCUUGAGGAAGUCACCAACCAGUGGAACACAGGAGAAAACCAGGUUAUUCUGGUUGCCAUGGAGAUUGUCAAACACACGAAGAACAUUGCAGAUUUUUGUUUGGGGAAAGGAGAGUUGGAGGACACCGCUGGGCUGGUGCAUGCCGCCUCUAGUGUGGUGGAGAAUGGACGGAAGAUGCAGCGCUUCAUCCAGGCACUGGCCGACAGUUGUGUCGAAGAGAGUGACGCUCGAGACCUGAGAGUGUGUGUGGACAAGAUCAGCUCCUUCACCACACAGCUGAACAUCAUCUGCAGCGUCCUACACAACUCACCCACCACAGCCGAGAGUGAUAAGAUCGUACUGAGGAACACCAGCAAUCUGCUCAAGGCAGUACAGGAGGCUUUCCUGGAGGCAGAGAAGGGCGGAGUCAGAGGUUUGUCAGACAAAUCUGACCUGGACAGUGAUGACGGAGACAUCCUGGCUCUUGUAACCGAGUGGCAGACAGCGCUGGUCUUACAGAGGUCGGCCGAGGCAAACACUGCCCCAAGGGAUGAGCUGGGUCUGAGACGGGUGGAACAGCAUCGGCCGCCAUCUCUGGUCCAUAUUCUACAGUAGCAUGGCCCUUUGAUCAUCAUUAGUUUCGGUCCUACAGUAUCAUUGCUCCAGGAGCAACAUUGAAAUCCCCAUCGUUGGUUCAUUUUCAACAUUACCAUUGCCCCUAGAUCAACAUCAGCCCUAAUCACUGGUCCAUAUUCUACAUAUCAUUGCCCCUAGAACAACAUCAGCCCUUAUCACUGGUCCAUAUUCUACAUAUCAUUGCCCCUAGAUCAACAUCAGCCCUUAUCACUGGUCCGUAUUCUACAUAUCAUUGCCCCUAGAACAACAUCAGCCCUUAUCACUGGUCCAUAUUCUACAUAUCAUUGCCCCUUGAGCAACAUCAGCCCUUAUCACUGGUCCGUAUUCUACAUAUCAUUGCCCCUAGAUCAACAUCAGCCCUUAU